CGUUCGGUGCUGAAGUGGGGCGGAUGGCAGAAAAACAGCGGCGAUGGACAUUACACCGCAGGAUUCCCAUUUACGAUGUCGUUAAAUAAGCAUCGGGACAUCGCGUUUUCACACCUAUCACCCUAGGACACUGACAGCCCAGCGUAAAGGGAUGCUGUACUUUAGCUGCUCCCUGUACUCUCAAGUCCAUAAAUGACCCUUUCGCCGAGAUCCAAGGAAGCCUAGGAGGCGACGGCGAGAGAAACAAAAGGAGCGAGUGAAAUAAGGAAGCAAGGAGAGGAAGUAGUUACACUUUCACCUCAGCUCUCAUGUCCCUUUCUGUGCCACUCGGUCAGGGAUGGUGAGACCAGUAACUUCUCUUCUCUGUGGUGAAAAGAACCUCCUUGCCUUGCCCCACAUCUUCAGCAAGCCAAACAGCCAGUCCAUUAGCCAAACAGUCGCUCAGACAGUCCACAAGUCAGUCACUCUGUCAACCAGCCUGCUAUCGUCCAGCAACCUAUUACCUCACGCCAUGACUGCUCUGUCUGACCUGUUUUUAGGAACUCACUAAUUCAUGCCCCGGAGUGUGAGUGGAGUGGAGAUGAGAAAAAGGCAGGCGGCACACAUCGAGGCCCCACCCCAGGCCCCUGGACAGCCCCGACCCAACACCUGCUGCCUCUGCUGGUGCGGCUGCUGCAAGUGUCUCUGGAAUGAAGACAGGAUGGAGAGGAGCGAACGACAGACAUGCACCAAGAUGGACAGUAUUGAAGCUGCAGAAGAACAACACCCCAGUCUAGAGGAGGUUCUGUCGUGGUCACGGAGCUUUGAGAUGAUGCUGCGCUCGUUGGAGGGCCGGGAGGUCUUCCGGGAGUUCCUGCGCUCGGAGUACAGCGAGGACAACCUGCUUUUCUGGUUGGCCUGUGAAGAGCUGAAAAAGGAGACGAAUCCCUCUGUGGUGGAUGAGAAGGCCAGGAUCAUAUACGAAGACUACGUGUCCAUAUUAUCACCCAAAGAGGUGAGUCUGGACUCACGGGUCAGAGAAGGAAUAAACCAGAGCUUGGCCGAGCCCAGCAACCUGAUGUACGAGGAGGCCCAGCUCCAGAUCUACACCCUGAUGCACCGCGACUCCUUCCCCCGUUUCCUCAACUCCUCCGUUUACAGAGACCUCCUGGCCAACAGGAGGCGCACCUGCCUCGACACCUAGACCCCUCCACCCUCCCUCAUUGCCAUCGUACACCAACGAGACUACUACUUAAACUUCAAAUACUACUAUGGUGCCAGAAGUCGGGUUUGGAAAAUCUCUCCCUCUUUUUUGAUUGAAAAGACUGAAUGACAUCCAAGAUAGCUGGUUGUUUUUUUAUUUAUAUUUUUUAAGCAAUUUAUAUCCAGUUCUCCACUGGAGCCAGGUCGGCCUUUGCUGGUUGGUUAUUGGUCAGUUUAAGACCAUUAAUGCUGGCCAGUGAUUGUUUUGCUAGCAAUUUGUGCUGUUUGUUUCGGUUGACUGGCCAACCCACGUGUCAGCUGUUGGUUGAAAGGGCCAACCUGAUGGCCAGCUGUUGGUUACCUGUGGACAAGGACUCCUCAGGCAGUGGGGACAGAAAGAGAGAGAGAAAGAGAGAGACAAAAAGGACAAGCCAACUGUUCCUGUACUGUAAUAUUUAGACCUCAUGCUUUCUACCCUCACUUUAAUAUUCUCUCUCUCUCUUUACUCAUUCUCUUUCAUAUUUUUUUGUUUUUCUAAUUUUGUCCCAUUCCUCAGAUGUGUUUAAUUUUGUUUUUGUUUUUUUUAAUUUCAUUACUGUCCAAACAUGACACCUAGUUGUUGGAGUUGGGGCGUUUCUGCCCAUUUAACCAGUAGAAGCACUGGCUCUGCAUGUAACUCUCUCUCUCUACAGUAGCUUGACGAUGUAAGCCGCGGACUGCAACCGUUUUUGAAUAUUGAGAUGUAUUAAGACAGGGGACCUGUCUCUCUGUAUGGCUGUCUAUGUUCAGUGAAGGGAAAAAGUACACUUCUGCCAAUUUUAAGCUUACAGCAGUUUUUUAUUGAGGAGGUUUGAUGGCUUCUGCAGCAAAGGCAGCAGCAGCAGCACCUACCCAUCCAUCCAUCCACCUGUCCAUCCGUCCGUCCGUCCAAGCACUUUCCUUCUUUAGGAUUCUUUAACUGGGAGAAGUAAGGGCUAGAAUUGUGGUUGGGCAGCUACGUGUAUUAUUAUUACUCAUGAACUUUAGACAAAAAUCUCUCCACUGAGAAAAUCACAAUGCCUUUACAUGUAAGAAAAGGCAGCACAAGCGCUGCUGGAGUUUUUCUGGAAAGCAACCACAGUUUGUCCAACAAUCCCUACCUCCCAUCUUUUUUCCCUCCCCCUUCCUCCUCCCUCCAACUCAGACCAUCACAGCCUGACAAGCACAGGUGCCCGAUGUGGGGGAGAGAAAAAAAUUGAAAAAAAAAAAAAGAACCCCACAUUGAUCCACAAAUAGUCAUCUGCAUUUUGAAAUUCUUGAGCUGGAAAAGAGAGUUUAAGAGAGCACUAUGGAAAGCUGGUUCUGUUUGGAGAACAUAAAGAGAUGCAGCAGACACUGAUGCAUUUGAGAGUGUUGUUUAGCCCUGGCCUUUGUCUGUAAGGCUUUAGCUUUAGACGCUGUAGGUAAUAUAACAGCCCAGGGAGUUGUCCAGUAUCUGGCUGCAGAUAUGUGAACCAGGUGCCAAACAUGAUGUCAGAGAUGCUGUGAAGAGAUAUUAGAUGUGACUUGUCACCAGGCUGUGGAGUCUCGGUCAUUCCAGUGCAUGUCUGUUUCUCCGGCGGAUGAAGUUGUGAGAGUGUAUGGUAGUCCUUCAGUUAGCUGCUGCCCAUUUAAGACACUGAUGAUUUUUUUUUUUUUUUUUUUUUUUUUUUUUUACCAGAGCAAGUGACAACGGUUGGUAUAAAAAUGCUAACAUGCUAGCCGUUUCAACAAGGCUAACUAGGUUUCGGCAUGCUGUAGGCAAGCGGUUAGCAUCUUGUGCUAGCCUUGCUAAUCCUCCAUCCCACUGCCAGCCCUCACACACUCUGGUUUGUUUUUUCUAAUCUGACUUUGACAGCAUGCGAUGAUAAUGGUUAUGUGUGUGUAUGGUACAGUUGCACACUUAACAGAAAAAAAAAUUAGUAAAAAAAAAAAAAAAAAAAAAAACUUUAAGGGGGUCUUGCCAAAUGUCCCAUUAACAUUUUUAGUAUAUAAAAGGACAUUUUGUUUUUUGAUGAUGUGAACAUUUGAACAUAAACUUUGUUCCUGGCCUGUGGACGUGCAGUAGAAAGUGCAUGAGUGCAGUAUAUGCUUUUUUUUUUUUUUAAUAAACUGGGCCUCCGAGUGUAUUCAUCAUGUCACAUGAUGGAUAGCUGAAGCCUUGGUUUGGUGGUUAGUGCAGUCUUAAAGUGUCAAUGAAACAGUGCCACUUCUCACUGAUAAAUGUAGGCGUCCGUGUUGCCACCUCCUUUAACUACCUGAAGUUUACGUGCCAAGUUUGGGCUAGAUUAAAUUCAGUAGUAGACGAUGCAGGAUGUCUAGAAGAAUACUGAAGUGCAAUUGGAUGUAGUUAGUGAUAAUAGAGUCUAUUUGAAACUGUGUCCCACUAUUUUAGCUUGGUUUUGAAUUGUCAGAAGGAUAUGUUAUAAAUAACUAACCAUGACAACUUUCAGGAUACUCCAAAUGUUUUAAUGCCACUGUUAGAUUAUUAAAGAAACUGUCUGCCUCUACUUUGAAUUUGCAAGGUUUACUGGAGGAACUAAAUACCGAAACAGAUAAUUCAGUUUAUCUUUAAAAAAAAAAAAAAGCAAAAUGUAGGUCCUUUUCAGUCAUGGGAUUUUGAUUUUUUCCUCCAGACUUUUUUUCAUUUGCAGUAACUAGAUGAAACUGCCAGUUCAAAACCAAGCUAAUACAUGUCUACAAAAGCUCUCUGUCACAAAGUAUUGGUACUGAAUCAGUAAAAUUGACACUGUAAAGUCAGGAAGGCAGGUCUAAACCAAUAAUCACUCAACAGUUUUGCAAUGUUCCUCAUUGAAAAAAUACUCUAUUUAACCUUUGGCAAUACAGUACUCACAUGCAGACAACAUUAAUAUCCAUAAGGGCUUGAUUGAUAUUGCUUAGCUGCUUUAAAGAAGAGCUGUGCAUGCAUGCGCCCAGUUGAUCAGAAGCAAAGGAAUACAGAGUAAUUAACCAAUUCUGAUACUAAAGGAUCAAUUUUCACGCUUACUCGGUGGAGCAAGUUUUCAUCACCAGGAAACAUAAGCAUUUUAGACGUUUGCAUUUGGACAACUCUGUAACUUUUUUGAGUCAGUAGAAGAAUGCCUGUCACUCACAAAGCUCCUUUGCAGACAAAUCCCUCUUCUGCACAGUACAGCUAUGUUUCCUCGUUGCUGAAUCUAUACCGUUAUUAACACGAGAAUGUUUCACCAAGAACCAGAUAAUGAAAUCAUGGUGCAAUUAAACCAAGUUUACAUUUAUAAAUUGUGAGAUGUGUGUACCUUAUUAAAUACUCGCAACAGUGGGGAGCUAAGUGUCCCCAGUGUGAGCGGAGAAGCCAGCAGGUUUAAGGCUGGCACCAGUCUCUGCCCAGUGCUAACGGACAGUCAUGAGUUAAAAACUGGGAGUGUUUUACAGGAAGGACACACACAGCAGAAACCCAGGUUUUCUGCUUAUCGUCCUUUCCUCUUAAUUUAUUGUGACUUUUACACAGUGGGGAAAAGUACACGGUUGUUUAUUUUUAAUAACUGCAUUUCAAAUGUGGAUUUUACAAGCAAUGAUGAUGAUGUGAAGUGAUGUAGUGCCAUCGCUGAGUUUAGAUUUUUGUCUUUAAAUUACCAUGGGUUCCAAGUGAGUGGGUUUUUGAAACGUGGCUGUGGUUUUGUUGACAAAAAAAAAAAAAGGAAAAAAAAAAAGAGGUUGAGA